UCGUAAGCAGAUUACUUUUCCGCUGCCUGUUUCAAUAGUUCACUUUGUCUCCACCAUGCUAAGGAUGCUAGAGAAAUACCAGCUCCACCCGGGCAUAAUUGUGUUACUCAUAUGGCUCGGCUAUUUCAUUGAAGAUCACAAAGUCCAGGCUGGUAACUGCUGGCUACAGCAGGGGAAAAACGGAAGAUGCCAGGUCCUCUAUAUGUCUGGAAUGAGCAGGGAAGAAUGCUGCAGAAGUGGAAGACUGGGGACGUCGUGGACAGAGGAAGAUGUACCCAACAGCACGCUAUUUCGCUGGAUGAUCUUCAAUGGUGGUGCCCCUAAUUGUAUACCGUGUAAAGAAUCAUGCGACAGCGUGGACUGCGGUCCAGGGAAGAGGUGUAAAAUGAACAAGAGGAACAAACCUCGGUGCAUCUGCGCUCCAGACUGCUCCAAUGUCACUUGGAAGGGACCGGUUUGCGGGUCCGAUGGAAAAACAUACAGAGAUGAAUGCGCCUUACUGAAAGCCAAGUGUAAGAGUCACCCUGACCUGGAGAUUCAGUACCAGGGCAAAUGCAGGAAGACUUGUCGUGACGUUCUGUGCCCCGGCAGCUCUACGUGCGUAGUGGACCAGACUAAUAACGCGUAUUGUGUCACGUGUAAUCGGAUUUGCCCUGAAGUGACAUCGCCCGAACAAUACCUGUGCGGAAACGACGGGAUCAUCUAUUCCAGCGCCUGCCACUUGAGGAGGGCCACCUGCCUUCUUGGAAGAUCAAUCGGGGUUGCGUAUGAAGGAAAAUGCAUAAAGGCCAAGUCCUGCGAUGACAUCCACUGCAGCGGCGGGAAAAAGUGUCUGUGGGACGCACGGAUAAGCAGGGGACGCUGCUCCGUGUGUGAGGAGGCGUGUCCAGAGAGCCGGCCGGACGAGGCCGUGUGCGCCAGCGACAACGCCACCUACCCCAGCGAGUGCGCCAUGAAGCAGGCCGCUUGCUCUAUGGGGAUGCUCCUGGAAAUUAAGCACUCUGGAUCUUGCAACUCCAUUAUUGAAGACCAAGAGGAAGAGGAAGACGAUGAAGACCAGGACUACAUGGCUUAUUUCCAUUUAUCUCCAACACUGGAUGGAUAAACUACCAUCACUAGAGGAAUCAUGUCCAUACUGUACAUACUGUCCGUGUACGCUUAUUUAUUUUUUAAAAAAGGAAGUAUACAUAUAGUUCAGUCUGCUAGAUGUUUAUUUAUACUUUGUUUAUGUUUUAUAAUUUAUACAUGUACAAUGUCUGGCUGACUAUAUACCGUGUUAUUUUGUAUUUUCCAAAGAGAAGCAGUGUUAUUUAUUGUGGGGUACAAUGCUACCAUGUAAAGUAUGAAUCUCUUCUGCAAGCUGUAAAUUGCAAUCGGUGAGCUGUAUAAAUCUGCUUAUUGAUGUCACUUUCUUUAUCACAGAUGUUUAUUUCAAGCAAAAAGAGAAAAAAACGCAUGUUAGCCUGUGUUUAUUUAUUGAGAGUCUAUCAUUCAUUAAUGUACAUACGCAGCUCUGUUUUUUGUUUACAGUUCAUAACUGACCAAAGGGACUGUCUCAAUGGUUCUGCGAAAGUGUAUGGUGCAGCACAGUAAUAUGAAAGACUUAGGCUUUUUCUCUGAAAGUAGUGGUUUUCUUGUCUUGAAAGCAGAAGACAAACACAGACUCAGUAUUUUGUUAUACACAUUAAAAUAUCAUUGGGUGUUAGAAGAUACUUGAUUAUGUCAAAAUGUGCCAUUAACGUGUGUAUGCCAUUUUUUUGCCAAUAUGUUCUCAAUACACACAGAGUUCUGCCUCAUGUUGCAUUUGCAGAACUUACAGAAUUAUGUGAUA